UUUAAAUUUUAUUUAUUUAUGUUUGUGAUUGGCAGGAAGCCCCGUUGGUCUGAUAUCUCAUUUUCGCCUGGAAAGUCUCCGCCCUACUGCUAGUCUGAGGCCGUCGGCUUCCUCUGAAGUGCUUGGCUGUCCAUAAGCUGCUAAAUGUUUCUUUUAUUCCUUUAUAUUUACUACAGACAAACAGGAAAAUAGAUAUUAUCCGAGGACAGAAGUAUCACUGUGGAGUUGGAAAGGUCGCGGGAUACCCUUCUGUCGGAUCUGCGUCGGCACUGUGGCACAUUUGUUCAGUACUUUAGCUCCAGAAGCUAGCGGUUGACGAGACUGGAAGCAUCGGCACGAGCUGAUUUGACUUUGCUCCCAUGGAUAGCAAGAAUAUGAGCAUCUAAUCAACACUUGGUAUCAUGGCUCCACUCUCGCCUUGACCUCUUGGUUCACCCAGGAUCCAAAAUGAGCAUAAGCAGUGAUGAGGUCAAUUUCCUUGUCUACAGAUACCUGCAGGAGUCAGGCUUCUCCCACUCAGCGUUCACCUUUGGCAUAGAGAGCCACAUCAGCCAGUCCAACAUCAACGGAGCUCUGGUGCCCCCUGCUGCCCUAAUCUCCAUCAUCCAGAAAGGCCUGCAGUAUGUGGAGGCUGAAGUCAGCAUCAAUGAGGAUGGUACUCUGUUUGAUGGACGACCAAUCGAGUCGCUGUCGUUGAUUGAUGCAGUGAUGCCAGACGUGGUGCAAACGAGGCAGCAGGUGUAUAAGGAUAAGCUGGCUCAGCAGCAAGCUGCCGCCACCUCCAGCACCACAGCGGCCGCCACUGCAAAGAACGGAGAGAACACGGCUAAUGGAGAGGAGAACGGAUCUCACACGCUGUCUAAUCACCACUCAGACAUGAUGGAGGUGGACAGGGCAGUGGAGAUCCCAGCCAGUAAAGCCAUGGUGCUGCGGGGACACGAGUCUGAGGUCUUCAUCUGUGCUUGGAACCCUGUCAGUGAGCUGCUGGCGUCUGGCUCUGGAGACUCAACCGCACGGAUCUGGAACCUGAGUGAGAGCAGCGCGGGAGGAUCCACUCAGCUGGUGCUGCGGCACUGCAUUCGGGAGGGAGGGCAGGAUGUACCCAGUAACAAAGACGUCACCUCACUGGACUGGAAUAGUGAAGGUACACUUCUCGCCACAGGAUCCUAUGAUGGCUUUGCCAGGAUAUGGACUAAAGAUGGUAAUCUUGCCAGUACACUGGGGCAGCACAAAGGUCCCAUAUUUGCUUUAAAGUGGAACAAGAAAGGAAAUUUUAUCCUCAGCGCUGGUGUUGAUAAGACCACCAUUAUUUGGGAUGCACACACGGGAGAGGCCAAACAGCAGUUUCCAUUCCAUUCAGCUCCGGCUCUGGACGUGGACUGGCAGAGCAACAACACGUUUGCCUCCUGCAGCACGGACAUGUGCAUUUACGUGUGUAAACUGGGCCAGGACAGACCACGGUUCCUUCGACAAGUGUGUCCAUAUCUGGAACACACAGAGUGGUGCUUUAGUCAACAGCUACAGAGGCACUGGGGGGAUUUUUGAAGUAUGCUGGAACUCCACUGGAGACAAAGUGGGCGCAAGUGCAUCAGAUGGAUCGGUUUGUGUAUUAGACCUAAGGAAAUGACGCUGCCGCUGGGAAGCCAUGGACCGACUAUGAAUGUGUGCAUAGCCAAAUU